UAGGCUGCUCAAACAGGAACGGACUGGAGCACUGCUGGAUAUUGAAGAGCCAUAGCUUUGUAGGAAGGAAAGAACUCAUCUUCCCCUCUUAUCAAGUCAGCAAACUUGGGUCUACUAAGUCACAGAGUAUUGGCCCCUUCAAGCCUCAUCAGUCAAGCAAGUCCCCCAUUGAUUGGCACAAUGAUAUCGACAGACUGAGGCCAUGAUGGACUUGGAUGCGUGAGGCGAUAAAUAAGAUUUCAGCAUCAGAGGCACAUAUAUUUCGUUAUGACAACCAGCUGCACAGAAGAUGUCAACGCUGCCUGUGACUGAUAUCCCAGAUGUUGGUCAAGCUGAGAGUAAAGUUUGUGAUGGGACUGCGGAGCUGCAACUGGAUUGCAUGGUGGAGGAGAGCAAUGGGAGCACCACAAUGAAGCAUGAAAACCUGCUACCUCUUGGUGACCUGUCCCAGCCAGAUGACUUCCGCACACCAUCUCAUAAUGGCCCUGCUCUCACUGGGAUGUGCAGCCCUUUGCCAGUUGAACCAAGUGACACCAAGCCCGAUGUGGGCGACACAUCCACUGGCACAGAUGGUCAGCCAGUGAAGAGAAAAAAGGGUCCUGCCCCGAAGAUGCUAGGAAAUGAGGUGUGCAGUGUAUGCGGUGACAAGGCCUCUGGAUUCCACUACAAUGUACUUAGUUGUGAGGGAUGCAAGGGUUUUUUUCGACGUAGUGUCAUUAAAAGUGCCCAGUACUCCUGCAAAAACAAUGGACGGUGUGAAAUGGACAUGUACAUGCGACGCAAGUGCCAGCAGUGCCGCCUGCGCAAGUGUCGCGAGGCAGGCAUGCUAGAACAGUGUGUGCUUUCUGAAGAACAAAUCCGUCUAAAGAAGAUGAAGAAGCAGCAGGAUGAGGAAACGGCACGCUCGUCCACAGUGCUUGCUCCGACUCCUCUUCAGGAAGUAGCGUUGCUGGAUCCACAGCAGCAGGAAAUGAUUGAGAAGCUGGUGGCCAUGCAGAAGCAAUGCAACAAGCGAUCCUUUCUUGAUCGCCCAAAAGUUACACCAUGGCCGCAGAAUCAAGAUCUACAGAACCGAGAAGUGCGUCAGCAGCGUUUCGCCCACUUCACUGAGCUGGCGAUCAUGUCGGUCCAGGAGAUCGUGGAUUUUGCUAAACAGCUUCCUGGAUUUUUAGAGCUCACAAGAGAGGACCAGAUUGCUCUGUUGAAGACUUCCACUAUAGAAAUUAUGCUGCUGGAGACAUCUCGUCGAUACAACCCUGCCAUUGACAGCAUUACAUUUCUGAAGGAUUUUAGCUAUAAUAAGGAGGAUUUUGCAAAAGCAGGCCUUCAGUUUGAGUUCAUUAAUCCCAUCUUUGAGUUUUCUAAAGGAAUGAAUGACCUGCAGCUGGACGAGGCCGAAUACGCUCUGCUUAUUGCCAUCAACAUAUUUUCUGCAGAUCGGCCAAAUGUGCAGGAUCAUGAUCUCGUGGAGAGGCUGCAACAGCCAUAUGUUGACGCUCUGCGGUCUUACAUCACGAUAAAGAGACCAAAUGAUCACUUGAUGUUUCCACGCAUGCUGAUGAAGCUGGUGAGCCUUCGUACACUGAGCAGUGUGCACUCUGAGCAGGUUUUUGCCCUUCGUCUUCAGGACAAGAAGCUUCCCCCGCUGCUCUCUGAAAUCUGGGAUGUCACUGAGUGACUGCAGUCCCAAUAUCACACUCCUCGGCAUAUUGAAUCUUGAGACAGACAUGGUGUCAGGCACGGGCUGUAAACCUGUCUCAUAUGGUUAUGGACUACUUCCAGCAUUGUGCUGUUGUUAGGCUUUUUGUGGGAGCGUCUCAAUGCCUUUUUGCUCUCAGACUUUGAAAUGGUUUGUGUUCAGAAGGUCUUUUUUUUUUUCCUUAGAUCUCUUCAUCCUUUUUGUGGAUGUUGGCAUGAUUUUGCCAACAUGAAAUGUCAGCUCAUGAAUUUGAAUGAUUUUUCUGAUGUAACAUCUGUUAAAAAGUUGAGUGCAGUUCAAUUGUUUUACAGUCUGAAUGCUCUUGGCGUAUAGCUGCUAUUGCUUCAUGUCAUGAUUCCAGCUGUGCUUUCAAGUUAAUUUAUUCAUUAGUCUUGACAUAGGUUAAUUGAAAACUUGGUUAGGCUUGACCUUAAGAUGCAGUUUUUUAUGUCAGGCUGUACUUUUGCAUUAAAGUAUGGAAAAUUAUUGCGUACAUUUUGAUGAAGUACAGUACAGAGAACAAAGUUGGAGUAGUUGCUCAGGUAAACUAAUGUGAAAUAGAGGCAUCCUUUAUUAGAUAAAUUGAGUGCCCAAAGGGAUCCUUUUUAUCAAUACUCAUGCACACAAAUUAUUUAUUUUCAUAAAUUGUGUGGAGUGCACAAGUAUCCACAACAUUGUACAAUUAAAUACUAAACCUUAAUAAUAGCAAUCUCUAUACAGUAAGAGGCAUCAUCUAAGACACAUUUGUCAAACUGAAUGCCUGGUCACAGAAGUUACUUUUUUCACAGUCAUAACGGCCCUCUGAGGGAAACCGUAACUACAAUGUGGCCCGCGACAAAAAUUAGUCUGACACACCUGAUCUAAGGGAACAAGUGGGAAAGGUAGAUCUUACAUAUGUUAGGUGGGCAGUACUACUGUCUAAAAUUGCUUUAUGUGAACCUGCCUAUAAACGACAAAAGACAAUUCAUAAGUAGAAUAAAAUUAAACAACCACUUUUCACAACAAAUAUGAGAGGUUUAUUUUCUAACAGAGGAACACAACUGAUUUAAGACAAUUUUAAAUGUUAUUCCACAUACUUGAGGAUAAGGCGAGUGUACACAUUGUCAAACAACAUGGUUAACAUCUCAAGGUUUUAUUAGCGUUGGGACAUGAAUGCUGAAGACAAAAAUCUGAAUUUAGUUAUGUAAAGCAUACAAAGUUUCAUGACUAAGAAAUACUGACUUGCAUGCCUGUGGUUCCUAUUAUGCAGUAAAAACUAAAUGCAGCAAAAUAAAUACAAUGACAUUUUGUUCAUUUUUACAUUAUCUGUGGGUUUCAUAUGCUUGAGGAAACUGACCAAGAGAUCACCUCAUUGCACUGUUUCAAUUGAUAGUCUCAUAACUGUCUUCUAAGUAAUCUCCGUGGAUCCACAUACAUGUGGAUAAAAUUGUUGGUAUCCCUCAGUUAAUGGAAAAAAAAAACGGUGGUCACAGAAAUAACUUGAAUC